UGUUUUUGAUUUAUGCGACUUUCUUUUGUUGCUUGUUUGCCCUCGAUUAGAGAGAAAAGGGCCGAAAAAAAGCCUUUUGUCGUAUGUCAACCGCCAGACCGUCGGUGUUAGUAAUUUAGUAGGGUUUCGCACGAAGGCUUGAGUGGUGAGCUCAAGGAUGGCGUCAACCAGUUCGUUGAACUAUUCUGCAUAUGUUAUGAUGUGGGUUUAUUGGAUUCAAUGGGUGAAGCUGGCAGCUACAAUCUGGGCAGGGAUUUUAUCGGAGCUCUUCAUUAAGAUGUUAGUGUUCGUGCCAAAUGCUUUAGUUUGCCUUGCUUCCCUUAGGGAAGAUAAUACUUUGGGCAUGAUCUGGAACUCGAUCACUGUCGUGGCAUCCGAAUCGAGCUGGAUCUAGGAAUUAUAAGUUCGUCAUCUACCCCCACCCACGCCCCCAAUUGGUUUAGAGCAAUCGCGCAAUAUUCGAUCUCAGACACUUUAUCCUGGGUUUUGUGUCAUUACUGAAUGGCAAGAAUCGAGGACGGCGAUCAAUUAGUCGACCUGUUCUGGAUAUGUUGCGAUGUAGUUUAACUUGAAUGAACAUCCAAACGUUGCUUUUCCUGAGUAUCCAUGAAGACUACUGAAUUCAUUUGGCACAUUUCACGAGCUUGUUCCCAAGAAAUAAUUCUAUUCCCAUCUCUCAAAAUGGAUCUGUAGGAUAUGGCGGCUUACAGUUUGUAUAUCCAGAGGGCUAAUUUUUAUGAAGUUCAAUCCUCAAACGUCAUGUUUCUGAAAAGUGGCUAUUCCUGUGCUUUCUAUAGGAAUACAGGAUGAUUGUCCUUUGGAGUUCCUAUCUGAAGGAGAUGACAUCUGAUUAUGGAAUGUCUUUUUAGGUUAUAAUCAACCUUUGCAUUGUAGAAUUGCCCAAAAUUAAGGUUGUUUUCAGCCUCCCAAAAUUGGUGACAUUGUUAUUUGGUCACUGAGAUGGCUCCUUAAAGGGGUAUUUGAAAUGUCUUAAUUCUCAAGUGAUGGUUUAUUACCAUUCAUGAAGUUAUGGUGGCCAUCAGUUGGUUGGAGCAAGUUGUGUCAGAUGAUGUUUGAUUUGCUUCUUCCGUAGAUAAAAUAACUUGUGAAACUUCUGAAGGACCUUUGGUUUAUGGAAUAUGAUCUCCAUUUGCAAGCAAGCUCAACAUUGUUAACCCAGAAAUUACAAAUUUAUGAAUCCUGACUUGGUUGGAAAUCAGUGACCAAAGUUUAGAAGUGAGGUUUCCAGGAAACCAUCCUAGAGAACAUGGGUGCGCAACAAAAUGACAAGAGCACUGAAAGGAGUGACUCUUCAGUUUCUGGGUCAGAGAAGUCUGGGGUAGAUGUUUCUUGGCAACGUUUCCCUGAUGAAAUAAAACAUGUACCCAUUAAGAAAAGAAGGAGAUUUAUGCUCCAGUCUCCAUCGCCAAUGAUGUCUGAAACAGCUCCACUGCAACCCGAGCAGUCUCCAUCAUCUAAGCAGCAGACUUCUUCAUCCCAAUUUGAUGACAGUAAUCAAACAAAUAAUAGGGAAUCUGGUUCAGGGCAGUUGACUCAUUUAGAUUCAGUAACCAAUCAGGAACUAGGGGCAACUAAUGGUCCUGUAGAAGUACAGUUCCAUAAAGGUAUUGAAAAUACUUUGGUGACUGGAGAGCUUUCUGAGGUGAUAAAUAGAAAACCUGGUUACAUUGAAGACUUUUCAGGUAUUUCACUUCUUGCCGCUGCUGCUUGCAAUAACAACAUCAAUGAUGAUUCUCAGGGUAAUGAAGGUGAAUUUUUGAGACCUGAAAACAUUAACUGUUCUAUAUCUGCCACACCGUUGACGACAUCUACUACAUCCUCUGACACCAGCAAUUUGUCUCUAAAAGAUUCAGAGUGUGAAGAUAAUAUUGAUUAUUCAAAUGUUCAGGGUAAUUUGGCGACCGCAUCACUAAAUUUUCAUGGUAAGAGAGACAGUGAAACAGAAAAGAAGUCUGCUUCCAUGAAAGAUGAGAGGUUACACUGGGAUCUGAAUACUGUGAUGGAGGCAUGGAAAACACCAUGUGAUGAUGGUUUAGAUAGUGAAAAUCCAGAAAAAUCGCAAGGUUGUGUCAGGCAUUGGGAAUCAGAUCAGACUCUGAGUUUGUUAACAUAUUCUAGUGCUGAUACUGAGGUUUCUACUCCACUUAUCAGUAAGAAUAGAUCCCUUGAUAAUUUGCAUUGUCCUGAAUCAGAUUGCAUUUCAAGCAGCUUUUUCCCUGCAGAAAAGACAAAUACAUACCCAACUAAUGCUGUCAUACAAGCAAGAGAAGAUUGUGAUGGAACCUCUUCUUUGCCACUCAUCAAAAUGUUGUCUGCUGGAGAUGUUCCCUGUUCGAAACAUAAUGUUGUUCACCUUGAUCAAGCGGGCUUAGAAAAGGUUAUGUCUCAGAUUGACAGCAUAGAACUCAAAAAGGAUUGUAGAGAAGCAUUUGAUUUACCUAAUAAUGGGACUCCUUCAACAGACCUGGUUAGCAGAGUCAAUAAUGGUGAGUGUUCUGUAUGUAAACCAGGGAAACUGGAUCCUUCCCACCCUUCACCACAUUGUAAAGCUGAGCUUGAAUUUGGCAAAAAUUUUGAAAGGGGCCAAGAUAAUGAAGCCCCUUUACUACAUGCUUCUACAAAUGAAUCGUCAUUGCACGUUCAUAAUAAACCCAAGUCUUUUGAGUGUUUUGGUAGGGUUUCUUUCGAAGGUCAUAACGAUAAUGGAUGUGUUGCUGAUGUUUCUGUUGGUUUCCAUGGUCAUAUGGGUGUUGAAAAGUUGAGUGGAAGUGAAGCUGGUAAUUCUAGAGAAGCAUUUGAUUUACCUGAUAAUGGAACUUCUUUGACAGGCUUGGUUAGUAGAGUCAAUAACUGUGAGCAUUCUGUUCGUAAAUCAGGGAAACUACAUUCUCCCAACCCUUCUCCAGAUCUUGAAAAAUUGCACAUUUCUGGCAACACUUCUGAAGAGGGCCAAGACAAAGAAGCUUCUGCACUGCAUUCUACUCCAAAUGGAUCAUUAUUCCAUGUUGAUGAGAGUAAGCCCAAGUGCUAUGAGCUUUUUGGUAAGGUUGGUUGUGAAGAUCAUAGUGAUCCUGAAUAUGGUGUAUAUGGUUCUCCUGGCAUUCAUGGUCAGAUGGUAAAUGUUGAAAACAUUCCUCAAAGUGAUGCUGGUUAUUCUAGAGAUGAAUGUGAUUUACCUGAUAAUGGCUCUUCUUUAAUAGACCUGAUGAGCAGAGUAACCAAUGUGGAGCGUUCUGUAUGUAUGUUAGAGAAACCACAUCCUUCCCAGCCUUCACUGGAUCACGAGAAUGCACACGUGUUUGGAAACACUAUUGAAGAUGGUCCAGAUAGAGAAGGUCCUGCUCUGCUUGCUACUCUAAAUGAAUCACAUGUUGCUAUGAAUGUGCACAAAUCAUAUGAGCGUUUUGGUAAGGCUGCUUUUGAAGAUCAUGACAAUCAUGAAUAUGGUGCAGAUAUUUCUCAAGGUUUUCAUGGUCAUGUGGUUGGCAUUGAAAAACUAUCUGGCAGUAAAACUGGUUAUGAGUCUCCAUUUGAAGAUGGAGAAUUGAGUCAGUCAGUUGUCUAUUCCUUGGAGGGGAAUGAAGUUGAAGGUGAAAGUGAAUGCGUGGACUAUGAUUCCGAUAUCAGAGAUGAAGAUGACCUUGAUGCUAGCACUCAUUGUUUGUCAAAUGUUGGUUCUGAUGGUUCAAAAAAUGAAAAUAAUGGAAGCUUAGCAGAAAAUAUUAUACAAUAUGGAGGUUUGGAUGCUUCAAACCAAUCAAACCAGUCAACAGGCUCAAAAGAGCUCUCUGUGCAGGAUCAAGCACCUGAUGCUUGUAGAUUUUCUUGUAAUACCACCAUGGACAGUACAGAUAAACAAUUACUGGCUUGCGAUUCAUAUCAUGGACUUGAUGCCAAAGGUUCUUCUGCAGUAGAGGUUGGAUCGAGGGGAACGAGGGGAAAAUUGUCAUCACGUGUUGAAGGAUCAUCAUUGCCUGAUGCCUUGGAUGUGAAGGAGAAGAGCAGAUCCAAUUCUGGCUCUUGUUUUCAAGCUAAAAAGGUGUUUGAUUCAGCAAAGUACUUGAGAAAGGAAAGACCUGCUCGGCGAAUACAGGAUGCAAGCCAGGGGGAUGGUCCCCGGAUUGAUUCUCCAGCAGGCUUGGAAUCAAGAAAUAGCUAUGAAACUGGGUACGCACAUGGUACUGGGCGCUUCAGGCCAACAAGUGUAGGUGCAAAAUCUAUGGCAAGGAUGGAUGGAUUGAGCUAUCGUGAUCAGAAGCAAUCUAUGUAUUAUUCAUCAAAAGGCAAUUACCAGCAUCUCCUUAGAAGGAUAUCUGAUUGUAAUGAUGCAUAUAGUGUACAUAGGGGAAUGGUAGCAGAAAGAGAUAAUCAUGACACUAGGAGGAGCCGAUCAGGAAUAUAUCGGGAGGGGGUAAAUAGAGGGCCCAGGGAACAGUACCGUGGAGCUUUACCUGAGGACCCUGCAUCAUCUUCUGUUGGCAGGCCACGUUACUUAUCAAGGAGAGACCGCAGCUUUUCUCCCAUUAUUGGUGGAGGUGCCAGUGUUCCCCGGUCCCGUUGGAGGUCUCGAUCACGAUCCAGAACUAGAUCUCCCGUAAAUUGGCGUUUGCAGAGGGAAAGAAACAUGGGAGUCAGAGGCCUAGAUAGAACUCCGGACUUGAGGUCUGAGUUCAAGAUGGAGAGAACGAGAAUGCUCUCCCAGAAGUCUGAUUUCCCAGCAGAUGAAGAUAUUUUUUUGUCUCCAUCAAGAAAUGGCUUUUUCCCACGCAAUAGCACUCAAUGGAUUGAUAAUCAAAAUUACAUGGCUGCUCCUUUCAAACCGAAAAAGCCACCUGGCAGAAUGUUUUGGCGGAACCCAAGGUUUGAUUCCAGGGGUUCUUCAGGAAGAAUGAAGUCUGAUGAUUGUAGAUCGAUGAUAGGCUCCAGAAGGUUUACUGAUUUGCCUGGUGGAGCUGGUAGGGGUCAUAAAUAUGAUGCUGGUAGACACUGUGAGGGAAUGGAAGAAGGUGGCAGAUACGAGAUGAUCCGUGGAGCAAGGCACUAUGACACUGGCGGUGGAGUAAGGCGGUUCCACUAUGAUGAAGACGAUUAUUUUGAGUUGCGAAACUGUCAGAUUGAGGAGGAUAGCUGCAUUAGAGGUAGUGACAGAAGGGAUAUGCCCAUGACCAGGAGUGGCAGGGAAGAGAGAGGUGCUUUUAGAUACAACAACGAAAGGAAAUAUGCCACCCCUGCUGGGCCCGGCUCCAAGUUAUCUAGAAUUCGUGAUUAUGAAGAUUGCUUUCCUUGACGAAUACCUUUUGGAAGGAAAUAUGUUGUGCGCGUGUUUUAAAACUCAAGACGAACACCAUGUUUUCGUUCAGAUACGUGUUGGGUAAUGUUAUGUAAAGAGGUGUAGGGCUGGUAUUGAUUCUUAGAUUGUAAUCCUUCCUGAUUAAUGCUUUCAUCGUCCACGUUGAAGCAAGGCUUCAUAGAGGUAAUGUGGUUUCUUUUGCGCCUUAUUGCAAAGUUCUGAACUCGAAGGGGCAUGCCAGGUAGUACCAGGGAGGAAGCGUGGCGAUCGAGGUCCUUCUAGAUAUAUAGCGAGAGGAAGAAUGUCAGUUGCCCCAUGUUGUAUCCAGAAUUCGAGAUACGUUGAGGAUCCCAGUAGAGGCUGAUCAUUGCAGCUCUUGCAACAUGUGGGUGGUUCUAAAUGGUGCUGCUACUGGGAUUAUUCAGCCAUUCCAAUUUCCUGCAGGGAUUUUGAUGAUGUUAUUCUUGCUUGCUUUAUUUUAUUAUGGGCCUUUUUUCCCUUGCGUUUUUGGCAUUUUUGCCUGCCAAGCUCUGAACUCUGCCGUUGCUAUUAUAAAUGUACCAGUUUAUAAAAAAAGGUUAGCGUUGCUUGCUUUGUAUGUGCUUGCCUUCGGA